AUGGGGAUUAAAUCUCCCAUGACUACUGGACCUCACAGUGGCCUGGAACCUUUAGGAACGUCCUGGGUCUCAUCGAAAGCCAGUCCGCUUUCUGGGCUAAGAGGAACAAGAGAGAGCUUGGACAACACCAGGGCCCUAUUAAGGCAGGUGCAAGACAAGUCGGUCCUCCUCUUUGGUGGCCUGGGGGAACGUGGAAGGGAGGAAAGGGCAGGGGCGCAGGUGUCAGUCCCUGGCGGGCAGCCAAGAUCCCUGGCGGUGCUCCUCCGGGAGAAGCCGGGCGCCGGCGCGGCCUGGAAAAGCGGACUCCCGCUGCCCGUGACUGCGGGGCCUCCGGGCGUGGAGAGGAACGGCUCUGGGACAAGCCGAGGAAAGAACUGGGGCAAAGACAAUGUGCACACUGCAGUCCCUUUUUCCGCCCUGACUUACCGCCGCAAAUGGGGCUCACUUUUCAAGAGCAGGGGCCAGGUGCGGGUGGAUCAAGGAGUGAGCUUUCUCUCCUUUACCAAGUUCAUCACUCCUUCCAUACCCUCCAAGAAAAGUGACGAAGCUAAAGUGAUCCGGUCCCCAAGUCCUUUCCUUAAUGUCAGUCCGAGCGGGCACUGCACGCGGAGGGGUUGCUUCUCCCAGGCCUCGAGAUCAAGCAGGAGAGGAGACCUUCCCUUUGUGCAUCCCCUUGGCUGUGAACUUUCCCGCGCGGGGAAGGGGAUUCACUUAGAAAAAGCUUCCCGAAUUGAAGAAGACAAGACUCAGGUUCUCCAGCUUCAGAAACGAAGCCGACGUGACAUCUUGUCCGCGCGUGAACUGGGCACCAACCCGUCUCCUGCGCUCGCCCACCGCCAGCUCAGCAACUCCGCGCAGGACCGGGCCCCAGUCCCUGGGCAAGGACAGCAUGCGGGAGGUGACCGUGAAGCGGCCAGGCACCAGCGGCCACCCCAGCGUUUGGGAAGCGCUGGAAUUCUCCACUUGUGGGAAGCAGAGGGUCCCAAGAGGGGAGGCGGCAACCGAAUUUCUGGGGAGAGAAGGCUGGACCCCAGCACAGAAAAUCGGACAAUGUCGAGCAGUGGUCUACCGGCAUUUCUGACUUUAGUUCCCACCUGCAUUCAGAAAGUAAGCACCAGAACCUCUGGGACCUGAGCCCACCCAGCUCAGCUACUCCUCCAACCUUCCAAGAAAACUUUCACAGCUUCCUAUUUGUUUCCUCCUCAGUUUUUUUUUUUUUUCAGUAUUUCUCCAGCCACCGGCCUCGUGGAUUGCUCUGCCAACUGCCCUUUAGUCUCUAGGGCUUUCAAGGCUUGAAUAUUUACAGAAUUAUAAUAAUAAUAAUUAUUAUUAGGCUGGGGGAGGAGAGCAAGAUCAGAGGAUAGUGGACUGUGGGGGAGAGUAGAAAUGUUGAUGAAAAGGAAUAUUUCGACCUGUGUUUUAAAAAGUUUGGUUUGACAAUUAUCAGUAACCCUGAUAGACAACUUCAUUAAAAAAAUUUAC